UUUGAGUAUUUUCCUUCUAAUUUGACGGUUCAGGAGAACCCAGUCCCCAUGGAUUGAGCUCCGCAUCUCGCGAGUCUGCUUCUUUUCCUUGUUCAGGUUAUUCAGGUAAUCUCUCUCUCUCUCUCUCGCUCGCUCGCUCGCUUGUUCGCUUGCACGCAUUGUGUCCUUGUGUAUCCGCGACGAUGCAAUCUUGAAUCAUUGUCGUUUAUGUGUCGAGAAUUGAAAGCGUCUAGUUACGGGUGAAUUCUAGGGUUUGUAUUUUCAGAAAACCGCACUCGAUAUAAAAUUUCUAUCAAGGUCAAAUAAGUGAGUGGUUCAGUUGGAUACAGUUCUGCUAUGGAACCAAAUAAGGAUCCUGAGCACCAGGUGAUGAUUGAAGAAGAUGUUCAACAAACAAUGCACAUUGAUCCAAAACGAGCCAGGUUUCCUUGCUGCAUUGUAUGGACGCCCCUUCCUAUCAUUUCAUGGUUAGCUCCUUUCAUUGGGCACAUUGGAAUAUGCCGAGAGGAUGGAGUAAUCUUAGAUUUCGCGGGGCCUAAUUUUGUUUGUGUAGACAAUUUUGCAUUUGGAGCAGUGGCUCGCUACAUCCAAAUAGACAAAGAAAAGUACUGCGUUUCUUCUCGGUCAGCUGUGUACAAAAAUGGGGAUCAAUAUGAGCAGGAUGAACAUGGAAAUGACAUACUGAUAUGGGAUGAUGCACUACGGAGGAGCACGCAGGAAUUCCAGCACCGAUCUUACAACCUUCUUACUUGCAACUGCCACUCCUUUGUAGCCAACAGCCUAAACAAGUUGCACUUCCAGGCUGGUGGGUGGAAUGUGGUGAACCUUGCAGUCCUGAUUUUCCUGAAGGGUCAAUGGGUGAGCAAAGCCUCUGUUGCACGAUCUCUCUUGCCAUUUGUUAUUGUGUUUUUUCUUGGACUUAUAUUUGGAGGUGGGACCUUCUUAAAUUUCUUGGCAGCCUUCUGCCUCCUGUUUGUUGGUUGGUUUCUUCUUGGUACCUACUGUUUUAAGGGCUUGAUUCAGUUGUAGUUCUGGCUUCUUCUUUACUUGAAUCUCUUCAUCUGUAAAACUGUAUUCUUUAACUGAUGUAUGUGGGUUUCAGAUGUAUAAAAAAAUGAAUCACUGUAGAAUAGUUUGAUGUCA